AUGACGACGACGCGACUUACGUUCUCGACAAACUCCGUCCGCAAUACCACCAUUUCCAACGAUUCAUUGGGCAUCCGGUACGAUGUCCACAAGGAGAGCGAGGGUGUAGAGAUACACCGCUGGGACGCAUCUGUCCGUCGAAACGUGCGCGUAGGACAGUUCAAGCUUCAUGCUUGGAGUUCAGACGAGAUGAGAAUUGGUGGGGAUACGCAGUGGAGAGCGGUGAAAGAGUGGCUUUAUAAGCCUGAUGAUAGCAAGUGGUGGUCGACUGCACGUCACUUUGUAGCGAACAAUGGUGUCGAAUAUCGAUGGCAGGAGAAGGGUGGUCGACUAGUGCUCUUCAAAGUAGCCAAGACUAACGGAACCCGUACACCACUUGCUUCGUUCCAUCGCCAUCACAGAAAGGACAAUCCUUCCUACCUUGAAGUCCACGACCCAACCAUACUCGGUGCCUUGGAUUCUAUCAUUGUGUCAUUUCUCAUCAUGGAACGUCGACGUCGUGAUAAUGAGGCCGCUGCAGCGGCAGCGGCGUGA